CAAAACAAUAUUUACUUGAGCGUUGCCCAUUUGGGAGCAAAAUUUUGAUAAGAGAUAAUUUGUAAAAAAAAUCUAACGAUUUCCGUCUGAAACUCAUUCAACUCCCAACAAUGAUCAAGAAUCUAUUUCGCCGCACAAAUUCCACCAAAGAAUAUACGGAACAACGACGACCUGCGGUGACCCCCCAACACUUUGACUACGAUGAAGACAUCAUUAAAACAAUAACAAAACACCCCAAAACCAAAGAAGACGAGAUGUUUAUUUUGUCGGCAAUAGAAAACAAUGAUUUCCUGUGCAGUCUCCUCCAAAAUAAAAAACUGCAAGAUGUGGUCGACUGCAUGUACCCCGAGACUGUGAGCCCCAGUCAAACCAUAAUUAAAGAGGGUGACGACGGCUCGCACCUCUACGUCUCUGUCACGGGAACUUAUGAAGUAAUUCAAAGUGGAAAAGUCGUUAAAACAUUCAGCGAUGUCCGAGUUUUCGGCGAAUUAGCCCUUUUGUACAACGCCAAAAGAACUGCAACUAUAAAAGCUCGAACUUUUGGAAAAAUCUGGAUUCUAGACAGGGUCGUAUUCAAGCAUUUGAUGGUCAUUUCGGACAUUGAGCAACGUCAGGAAAACGUUGAUUUUUUGAAACAAGUCCCCAAGUUGAACAGUGUUCCUCUGGAAGUUUUAGAAGAAGUUGCGUCUUUACUAAAACUCAAUUUUUUCUCCACUGGGACUAAAAUCGUGGAAGAAGGAGAAUUAAACCCUGACAAAUUUUAUAUAAUCAAAGCCGGUUCUGUGACCGUAAGUAAAAAAAACGAAGGUGCGAUUGAUAAACUCUACAAAGGUAGUUUUUUCGGAGAGUUGGCACUUCUGAAAGAAAAAGAGCGUAAAGCUACGGUCACAGCCGACCCACCAGGGACGGAAUGUCUAAUAUUGGCCCGUCGCGAAUUUAUUGCCCAUUUCGGAAAUAUCCCAGAUUGUUUCAGCAUAAACAUCCAAACGCAGCCUUACAAACCGAUGGAAGAGAUAAUCGAACAUACUGACCUGAAUUUGGCCGAUUUCCAUUUUAUCAGUACUUUAGGAAUCGGAGGUUUCGGUCGAGUCAAACUCGUGCAACACUUUACGAAAAAAGAAUUAGUUUUUGCACUAAAAUGCAUGGAAAAGUACGUAAUCGCGGCUGAAAAACACCAAGAACACGUCUUUAACGAAAAAAACAUCCAAAUCGUGUGCAAGAACAACUUUAUUGUGCGACUUUACCGCACUUAUCGAGAUAAAAAAUUCUUGUAUUUUCUACUGGAGCCGUGCCUGGGGGGCGACUUGUGGACACACCUCCACAAACAAAAACCACGUUUGUUCGACGAAGUCCAAGCUAAAUUUUAUACUGCGUGUGUCGUUGAGGCCUUUAAUUAUCUCCACGAGCGGCUAAUUAUCUACCGGGACCUUAAACCUGAAAAUUUGCUCAUCGAUGCUAAAGGAUACGUAAAAUUGACCGACUUUGGGUUCGCUAAGAAACUUAAAAUGAUUAAAAAAUGUAUCAAAAAGACUUACACUUUUGCGGGAACCCCCGAAUACGUACCACCCGAAAUCAUACUUAAUCAAGGCCAUGACAAAGCUGUAGAUUAUUGGGCACUUGGAGUGUUUAUUUUUGAGCUUUUGACUGGUAAAACCCCCUUCCGGACCGAUGAUAUCACGUAUAUGAAGACAUACAAGUUGAUUUUGAAGGGGAUUGAUGAUGUCGAGUUUCCGAAACAUGUGUCGCAAGAAGCAGAGAAGUUGGUGAAAGAGUUGUGUAAGUCUACGCCGCCACAGAGGUUGGGUUGUGGGAGUGGAGGGAUUUUGGAUGUGAAACAGCAUCAAUGGUUUGAGGGCUUUGAGUGGGGGCGGUUUGAGGAAUGUAAAAUGCCGGCGCCUUUUAGACCCAAUUUGAGGACGAAUACAGACGUGCACUAUUUUGAAAAGUUUGAGGAGAAUGAGGAGGUGCCCCCCGAUGUGGCAUUAGAUUGGGAUAAAGAAUUUUAGUUACUCAAAAUGUGUUUUUCAUUUUUUAAUGAAAUAAUCCAAUUUUUGCAAUAUGUAUUAUUUUUUUAGUUUACAAUACAAAUAAUAGUAGUUUCUAAAAUGUUCUCUUU